AUGACUUCAAGCACUUUACUGGAAAAGUUAAGCUCGCUCAAGUUGAGUGAAGGCGCUCGGGUGGGUGGAAGGACGUUUCGUCAAGGAGUUAUGUCCCCCGGCACUAUUGCUAAUGUGACCACCACCGCCACCACCAACAUCAACAACACGAACGUGGCCUCAGCCUUUGCAUCCCUCAUGGAGAAGCGGCAACCAACAGGGUCACCGGCAGAAAAUGAAGGACCGUUGCGAGGCCUCAUUAUUGGCUCUGACGGUAGUGGAAACAACAACAACAGCAGCAGCAACAAUAAUAAUAAUAAUAACAAUAACAAUAGUCGCAGUAUGAAGCACAGCAGUAACAACAGUAGCACCAACAGCGGUAACGACAAACCAAUUGAGACUCAAGCACCUCACCGUAGCGGUGUGGAAGGAAGCGCUGGUAAGGCGGCGCGAAAACUCCGGUCCUCGCCGAGAACACACCAACUGCCUGAUGAAAUGCGAGAAAAGACGUCUCACAUCUCCGCCGUCCCGCGGUCCGUAGCUUUAGCGUUAGCGAGUGCCUCCGUUGGGGUUACUGAGCAGCCUUCAGUUACUGUAGAGCAGUUGAUGCGUGCAGCCCCUUCAGCAAAUGUUUCUUCUGUCACUUCUCCUCCCCGUUGCGUGCCGACUCUUCCAGUGGAGCCGAUGGUUGUGGUUGAUCGUGAAGGGGGACCCGAUGCGGUUCGACUUGCCACGCUUGUCUCCGGUGAUCCCUCAAACCCUAAGCUUAUUGACCCAAUUGAUAAUGUCAACGCUCACAAACCCAUCAUCCGCACCGUCCCCCCGUGUGAUUAUCGCUACAUUAUUGUGGGUGACGUCCACGGCUGCCCUGAGCAAUUGGAAGAACUGUUGUUGAAAGUUGAGUUUCAGCAGGGAAAAGACUGCCUCAUCCACGUGGGGGAUCUGGUGAACAAGGGACCCGACUCCCUUGCCGUCGUGCAGCUUGUGCAGGCAAAGGGGGCUAUUGGCGUAUUGGGCAAUCAUGAUUUUACACUGUUAAAUUGCAUUGCGCGUGUUAAAGGUAAGGCCCUUUCUCAGCAAGAGGAAGUGGAUCCUGUAAUGCGACUCGCAAGCACGUUCCCACAGGGUUGUGAGGACUAUAUUCGAUCGUUACCACACAUCUUGCGGAUUCCGCAAUAUAAUGUUAUCGUUGUACACGCCGGUCUAAACGUUGAAAACUCCCUCGAGAAACAAAAUGUGCAUGAAAUUAUGCACCUAAGACGGUUAGAACGGUACACUGAGAGUAGUAAUAAUAAUAACAACAAUUGUGGCGGUAAACAGCAGCGCAACGAAAAGCAAAGGUUACGAGCAGUUGUAAAGGGUUCCAGGGGUCAGCCUUGGGGCGAGUUAUGGACGGGACCGGAGUGUGUUGUCUUCGGUCAUGAUGCCCGUGCAGGGUUGCAGGAACUUCCCUUCGCAUAUGGCAUUGACACAGGAUGCGUUUACGGUGGACAGCUGACAGCUGUUGUGUACGGUCGCGAUAGCCCGAAGGGUAAGUUGGUGUCGGUGACUGGUUUGCCUAAAGACGCGAAUGAGCGUCGUGGCCUUCCGCCGCCCGCUGCCGAUGUGUAUGAAAAGUACGCUGAAGAACUGGAGCGUCUUAUUUUACGGCCGACGCCACGCGCCACACCCGCGAUUAUUGGCUAUAUGCAAAAGCCAACAUUCCUCUCCGCCCCUCCUCCAGGCUCCCCGGCUGCGUCGACUGGAAGUGUAAUUAAUAACUCGCUGCGCCCUGAUAGUUGCUGUUCACUUCCAGCAGCUUCUCCUUCGCUUUCCGCGCGGGCAACCGUCCGCAGCAGUGGAGUGGAGCAGGAAACACUACUAUCCUUGUUGAGAGCGGGAGAAAUUCGUGCUGUAAUGACCCUCAUGAGGCUCCCAGCAUAUGAGUCGAUGUGGUUAAAUUUGUUGUGUAGCGAAGUAGAGGGCUGCACCGAAAGUUUUUGGAUACCAUUUGUAAAAGGUGUGCUUGAUGGGUUGUUGAAUACACGGCAGAAUGGCGAAGGAGAUGACUACGUGGAGGACUUGUUACAACUAGUGCUUGAAGCUUGUGACGAGUUUUGUAGCGUGCGAGAAAUGGCCAUUCCACAGCUCCGGAAACUGCAGCAGCGUGCUGAGGGAGGCGAUUUUGCCCUUCCCAAGGCCACAGUGAAGAUGCUAAAACUCACCGUGAGUCCCCAAAAUGCCUAA